UCUUCAAACGGCAAGGAAUAUGAAAUCCACAAUCGCUCUCAUUGUGUGCGCCGCCAUCGCUACCGUGGCACUCGCAGGGUACGGAGGCUACGGACUCGGAUACGGUGGCUACGGAGUCGGACAUGGUGGCUACGGUCUCGGAUACGGAGGCUACGGUCUCGGAUAUGGAGGACACUACGGCGGAUACGGUUACCCUGUCGGAAGAGCUUUCUCGUACGGUUCCAAGAUUCAACACGGGGUGGGUUACGGAAAGCUCGGAGGAUACGGCCUCGGUUACGGUCUCGGCUACUACGGAUAAUUGUUUUGCGUCUGUUGAUCGAGUUCCCGCCAACCAAAGUCAAUAAAUGUGAACGAAGGAUCACAAUGAGAGGAUU